AUGGGGAGGCGGCCGCCAAGCUGGGCCAGCGAGGCGUUGAUGAGGGGCGGGGCCUUGCUUACUGGGACCGCCCAGAUGGAAGCCUCGCAGAUUCUUGGAGGCGGCGCACACCCUGAUUUAAAUAGGUGGUCCCGGCGUCUCCCGUUCAUUUUCCUUCGACCCGUUGCCGUCUGGUUCUUACAGCCAUGCAAAGGGUAGCUAUAAUCACCGGCGCCACCAGUGGGAUUGGUUCUGCGCUGUGUGAACGUCUGCUCCAGGAAGAUGAAAACAUCCAUGUUUGUUUAGCCUGCAGAAACAUGGACAAGGCCAAUGCAACCCGUGACAACUUAUUAUCUUCCUUCCCUGGUGCAGACAUCAGCAUUGUUAAAAUAGAUGUUGGCAGGCUGGACUCUGUCCUACAGGCAGCUCAAGAAAUAAAGAUGAGAUUUCAUAGAUUGGAUUAUCUCUUCUUGAAUGCUGGGAUCAUGGUCAAUCCACGUGUCACUUUCUGGGCAUUUUUACGUGGCCUCUUCUCCAGAGUAUUUCGAAUGCUCACCACAGCAGAGGGGCUGAUAACCCAGCAGGACAGGGUCAGUCCAGAUGGCCUGCAGGAAGUCUUUGCAACCAACUUCUUUGGACAUUUUCUAUUGAUCCGGCAGCUGGAGCCUCUGCUCUGCUGCCUUGAAAAUCCUUCCCAACUCAUCUGGACUUCUUCAGUCAGUGCCCAUAAGUCUAACUUUAGCCUUGAUGACAUCCAACACAAGCAGGGCAAAGAGUCCUACAGUUCCUCUAAAUACUGCACUGAUCUUAUAAGUGUCGCUUUAAACAACCAUUUCAACAAGCAGGGUUUAUUUUCAAGUGUCAUGUGUCCUGGUGUUGUAAUGACCAAUAUGACAUAUGAAAUGAUGUCCCCUUUUUUCUGGAAGCUGUUUUUCCCUUUUUUAUGGCUGCUACGCCUGUUCACCCCUACAUACACUCUGACACCAUACAAUGGAGCAGAAGCACAGAUUUGGUUGUUUAAGCAGAAGGCAGAGUUGCUGGAUCCCCUGGUGAAAUAUUACAGUUGUACUACCAUUUUGGAGAAGAAUUAUACUGAGAGCCGUAAGAUGGAUAUUGAUGAAGACGUAGCAGAGAAACUGUACAAGAAGUUGUUGGAAUUAGAAAAGCAAGUUUUAGUGAGCAAAAAUCACCUAGAUAAAAAAUCGCAAGACAGCUCUUCACAGGAAAAUGUUUCUUCAACUUGAAACAUCUUUGUUAUUAUUCUUUGCAUUUGCAACCCAGAUUUUCCUAGUGGACUGCUGUGGAGGAUUGUACGACUAGAGUGUGUCUGAAAUGGUUGUCCUACUUGAACAGGAGGUUGGACUAGAAGACCUCCUUUCUAACUCCAUUUGUGUAACUCUCAAAAUGAUUUUAGCUAAAGCCAUAUUCUCUUUUUCCUCGUUUCUUAGUUGCCAUGCAUAUGGGGGGGUGGGGGACCAAAGUAGUGUGAAAUGUUUUCUAAUAUGCCAGACAUAAUGGCGAUAGGGCUCAUGGGAACCAAGGUCAUCUCAAUGAGCUCUCGUAAUAGCCGGAAGGAGCAACUGAGAAGCCUGCUGUUUACUUGGUUGGCCAACAUGAUCUGUGACAUGGGUAGGUGGGGAAUACUUAUUUUUAAUUAUACUAAACCAUGGGAAAUAUUAGCAUUGGAUUCACACCUGGACGUGCCGAUAUGUACCCAAUAAAGAAAAUCUUUGAGAAAAGCUACAGUCCUGAA